AUAAAGUGAAUUACAAUAGUCAGUAUAUUGUCACAGCAGUUUAUUUUUGGACAAAUUUGUGGGGAUGAUUUGUUAAGUAAGCUUGCACAGCACAGAGUGGGUUAAGACCAGUUCGGUGAAUCGUUUUUUAAUGGUUCACAGGCAGAGAAACUCUUUCGAGGUCUCAUUUUACUCGUGACACACUGCUCUUCUGCUCGCUCCUAUCCAUACACUGUCAAGAUGAUGGACCUGAGGAUUUUACUCUUUUUCGUGACCGUGCCGUGGAUAAUUUGUGAAACAGCUAAAACUAAUAAAGUGGUGCCGAGACACAAAGGAAUACUGAAAGUAGACAAUGAUGAAGAAGUUAACUCCGGGAGUAAAGCUGUCAUGGAAGUCAAGAAACCAAAGAAGAAGGUCAUUCUCAGUCAAGACUACGACAAUCCAGCUGAUAAAGACGUUGAAAUUCCAGGAGCAGACCCUAAAGACCAUGAAGACCUUCCGACCUGCCUGAUGUGUGUGUGUCUAACGGGGUCAGUGUAUUGCGAGGACGUUUCUCCAGACAUGACAACUGUUCCAGCACUGCCACAGGAGACGGCUUACCUCUAUGCACGCUUCAACAAAAUCACAAAAAUAACCAAUAAAGACUUUGCUAAUAUUGCCACACUGAAAAGAAUUGACCUCUCCGGCAACCUGAUCUCAGAAAUAGAAGAUGGAGCCUUUUCCAAACUUAGUCAUCUCGAAGAACUAACACUAGCCGGGAACAAGCUGGUCAAACUGCCAAUGCUGCCCGCUAAUCUCCUGUCUCUCGAUGUCAAUCACAAUUUACUCAGAACUAAAGGAGUCAAAGCCAACAUUUUCAAGAAGCUGAUCAAGCUAGCAUACCUGUACCUUGGAGACAACGGGCUAGAAGCCAUCCCGCCGCUGCCCGAAAGUCUGCGCGUGGUUCAUCUACAUAACAACAACAUAACAUCAUUGACAGAUGACACGUUCUGCAAAGGGAACAGCACGCACUACAUCAGGCACAACAUGCAGGAGGUGCGGCUGGACGGAAAUCCCUUAACACUGGCUCAACAUCCCAACAGCUUCAUCUGUCUGAGAGCGCUGCCCAUUGGACACUACAAGUGAUCCGCCGAGGAGAAGAAAAUGUUCCUUUAGCUCUCAUCCAACUGGCAAAGCUGCAUUCACACAGAUUUAACAGCUUAACGCAUUCUUGCAUUUAGACUUUUAAGAUCAUUUGUAAGAAACAUAUACAGGAAAUAACAACUUUUUUAUUGACUUUUCUAAAGUGUAACCAUUUUGUUAUAUCUUUCUUAAUGUUUUUGCAAGUAAAAGUUGCAAAACAAGACUGUGGUGAGACCUUAAAGCUAAGAAGAAUGUCUGUAAAUCUGAAAUGGGAAAGCGACACUGAGGGGAAACUUUACUGAUAUCCAAUGCUGGUAAAUCUUUUCUACAGA